UCUGUUGAGGUAACAUCUAGCACAGUUGACGAGCCGACUUCGAAGCGAACGACCGAAAGGACUAUAAACUUCCUUCGAAGGAGAUAACUAUUUGUAACAAAUUUUGGUGGUGUGUUUCUCCUGGACAAUUUGUGAACUUUUAUAUGUGUUCAUCGAGUAAUCGAUAGUUUUCCGUCGUUCGCGAAAAUUAAAAGUGUGCGACGAGUUUUUGGAAACGACGCGUUGAAAGUAUGGUGAAUAUGGAAGGUUCCGGGGAGCAGCACACGGUGACAGCAUCGCCACCACCGCGGGCUGCGCUUAAGAGCAACUUCAGCAUCCGCAGUAUCCUGCCGGAAGCUUGUGCCGGGACUCCAGCACCAUCGGUUAGUCGAUCCACGUCCCCGGAGAUCAGCCACGUCGAGGACAGCGAGGAUUCGAGCGAUCUCGAUGUAACUGGAGACGGCGGAAACGAAACACCGCCACUCGACUGCUCGAGGAACGCGACGAAUUCGGUGUCGUCGUCCGAGCCGAAGGACACCAAGGAUCGACAAAGCGACGAGAAGAAGAAGUGCGAGAAGCCGCCAUAUAGUUACAACGCAUUGAUCAUGAUGGCCAUUCGACAGAGCCCGGAAAAGAGGCUCACCCUGAAUGGCAUCUACGAGUACAUCAUGCGUCAUUUUCCCUAUUACGAGAACAACAAGCAAGGCUGGCAGAACUCUAUCAGGCACAACCUCUCGUUGAACAAGUGUUUCGUCAAGGUACCCCGUCACUACGACGACCCUGGCAAAGGGAACUACUGGAUGCUGGACCCGAGCUCCGAGGACGUGUUCAUCGGCGGCACUACGGGCAAACUUCGCCGAAGGACUACCGCAGCUUCCAGAUCCCGACUCGCGGCGUUCAAGAGGAGCGUCGUGCUCGGUGGAUUAUACCCAUCUGCGUAUGGACCACCCGGAUGGCCGGCAUCUUUGUACACGCUUCCGUAUCUGCAUCGUGCUGCCGGUUAUCCACCAGCUAGCAGCGCUUAUUCGACUCCCGCCGGUUACCCGGCCAGUUUACUGCCCGGUGCUGCGACCAGCUCCACCAGCAAUUUGCCCUGCAAACCUCAGCCGCUGCCAGCAACCGCGGCACCACCUGCUCACGGGCCUUUUUCCAUGGAGAGGUUGCUCCAGCCACCCACGGCCACUGGAUACCCGAAUGGCAUCGCCACCUCUGGCAUCCCGAUUUCCGGCAACCCGUACGAUUUUUACUCCACUCUGAGAUCUUUGGCGGCGCAUCAGCAGCAUCAGACCACCGCCGCGAUGUUCGGCCAUAAUCAACAACCGGCCAGGUAUCAUGUUAAUCAACCGCCGGUGUUAGGCCAACCGACGUCAGCCACCGCAUCCCCGGGAAGCAGUCCUGAACCGAUGUCGCCUCAUUCGCCCCCGGUCACCAUCUGUAACUCCAGCAGCGUUCAACAGCCGAGAUCUCUUCUCCAUAGUCCGCCGCAGUUGUUGUUGAAACCUAUCACAGUGCUAACCGGAAGACAAAGCUGAACAAUCUCGUUGCUGUAGGUUCUGAUAAUUUUGCUCGGACUCGUGCUCGUGUGACUGAUACGCUUUACGAUUGAUCUGGACCGGCUCUCUCGGAGAAGCUCACUCGCAUCCUCCGACAUGUCGGAGCUCUCCUCUCGCCCCAGUUUAUGCGUACGCGGUGAUAUGUUGUAUGUACGUUUUUGUUUUAUUUUUUUAUCUCCCAAUUUGUAAAUAGUAGCGUUUAAGGGACUCGAGAAAUGUGAGAGUUCGAUAUUUUGAACGAUCGAUGUGAACCGAUACCAAAAUGAAAUAAAAGUUUUAAUGAACUACGAAUUCAUGGGGUUUUUUGUACCCUUGCUACCAAGUGUGAUCUUUAAAAUGUAGGUUAAAAUAUGUAUUAGUGUAAAUAAGUUUUGUUUAGAUGAUCUCUGGUCUUCGGUCGUAGAUCGCGAUGCCUCGAACUUGACAAAGAAUUUUCAACGAUUAGUAUCGAGGAUCACGUGAUAAUUGAUGAUAUCGCGGUCUUCGAGAUUCCUCGAUUUUGUUAAUUUGUGUAUAUAGUCAAAGAUUGUUAUUCGUAAAUGCAUAGAUAUCGUAUAUGUAUACAUGACGAGA